CGGCUGGUUUUUGGCACAAAAAACGCCUAUUAGAUUCAGCCAGUCAGCAGUGCGACGCGCGGUGACACUCCCACGUAGCUACUCCUUCGAGCAGUACAUCAAAAACCGCGAUCGAAGCGGUGCCCAUAGCGCAUAGACACGCUGCAUACUGCUAGCCCAGCAGCACGCCGUCGCCGCGUCGCCGCGACAGCAAGCCGAGACUCGCCAGCAAGCAGAGGUAAGGCCAGCACAGCGACAGCAACGCGACGCGCAGCAUGGCCUCGCAAACGAACUACGACCACGUACGAGCCGCCUACGACGCCGAGCAGCUCCACCACGGCGACGGCAAAGCAAGUCUAGAUAUUGAGAAAGCCAUAAAAGCCUCCCAAUUAGGAAGAGACCACCGCGACCAGCUGCGCAACGACCUGGCGUCAUUGCGAGUAGGAUUACGAGACACGUUGUUGUGGGAUUAUCCGCAAGAGAACGGCGCCGCGGCCUGUGAAAGAGUAGCACACGAGCUCGGCGCGACCUGCGUCAUUGUCGCGGGCGCGCCCUUCCUCUUCACCGAACCGAGUACAAUAGCGAGGAACCGGCGGCCGCGCUUCGCGGUUUUAGAUGAUCCGAGGGGCCCGCGCUGGGCGCGGCCCGAGGAGGACUACCACGCCAAGUUGCAUCACGCGGCCACCAUCGUGCAGACGGCGGCGACCACGAAUGCGACGGACGCGCCGGUGGAGAACGCUUUGACCGGACUGGCGCCGCCCGCUUUAUGGGGCUGGCUGCUCGACUACCCCUGCGUCUACUGCUUCUCCGAGGAGCAGGGCGACCGGGCCCAGAACAAUUUGGACAACAGUGUCCUUUUUGAGCUCUGCGCGGCGUCGCUCGAGGUCCGCGGGCCAAAAUGCGGCGUGCCUCUACGCUUGUGCGACGACGCGUUCAACCAGGUGCUGGCGGACCACAUCAAUGACUUGGCCGGACGAAGACCGCAGCUCUUCGGGGAGGUCGCGUGGUUCCGGUCCGAGCCGCCGCCGAAUUCCGUCGUGGCGCUCUGAGUGUUGUUUUGUUCCUCGCGGCGACGGCGUGGGGGUGGAACCCUUCGCGAAGCCUAAUUUUGUAGUAGACUA